AUACGCACGUUUUUGCUUUUAUGGCGCGCGGGGGUACUUUCCCCAGAGCUCCAGGCCUGGAAACAGGUAGGAGCGAUGGAGAGGUGAAGAUAAGACAGACUGACGGAGCGUGAUAUACACUUGCGCCAUGGGAUAGGCGCACGCCAAUGGCCAUUUGUAUUGCGGGAAAAUGCGAAUUCAGGCAGAUCAGGAUGCACCAUGUGCGGAUAUGCGACAAAUACAACAAGCCCAGCCUACGCUAUGACACCAGCGACAGAGUGCAGCAAGACCAGAACCCGAACGAGGGUGACAGGAUAUGAACCUUGAACGACUAUCCAGAGCCCAGACUAGCUCCAGUAAAACGCCACAUAUGCACCUGCCGGCGGAAUAUGUGACCGCGCAUAUGUCCAGCCCUUGCCGUACUUGCUGGCGCCCGAUUUGCCCUCCGCCGACAUGAAGGGCACUGGGCUAGGCCGGAAUAUGGACAGCUUGAUCCAUGCCAGAGAUUUACAUUUCGUUGUCUGCGGCGCGGGUCUAUUUGCUAUACAACUAAAUCCAAGUUCGGGAAAUACAUUGCUGAAAAAGUUCCCAUUUGUCCAGGUGACAGCGGGGCUCUCUAGAAAUUAAACCACCCAACAACGAGGAUCAUAAGUUGGGCGGCUAGCCCACCACAACCAAGAAUGCAUGCAUCAGGGCUAACUGGCAAUCAUGCAACAGGUAGACACCCAAGAAUUUACCAGCGGGUGAUCGAGGCUGACAGCACCCAACAGCACCGCCACCGGGUACGCGCCGUGCCGCAGCGAUUGAAGAUGCCUCGUCCAAUCGCAACCCUACCUUGCGCCCCAGGGCUAAUUGCGCCGCAGCUCAAUACAUGUGAAAUGAUAGGCUCCGGUUUUAUCAUGCUGGGCAAGGUUGUUUUACAUUGUCAUAAUAUCUGAUGGAAGUAUCUGCCUCAUUUGGAUGAGGCAGACUGAGUGUCAUGUCGAGGAUAUAAGGCACCUUCCUCUCUAUCCAGGACAGACUUGACUAGCUAAGCAUAUCAUUAUCAUUGUGUCUUGAAGGUACCAUGUCGAAAGGACAACAAGCAACCAAAGCGGAUCCCGCCAAGUCAGGGAGGUUCUACUGCCACACCUGCCAGAGACGAUUCAUCGACGCGAACGCGCUACGUAUGCACAUUCAGAGCUCAAAGAAGCAUCAGCAGAGAAAGUCCGCGCCGUCUGCUUCGGCACCAAACGCAAACAGGUCCAGCGUCCCAGCGACAACGCAAGUGCACAUGUGUACCCUCUGCAAUAAGGGGUUCAAAGACAAGGCGGCCUUGCGUAAGCAUAAAAAGGACUCUCCGAAACAUGCAAAGGUCUCGGGCGGAUUACGGGAGACAUCAUCCAGCACGACCAGAGUACCAGUCUUGUCGCUUAACUACGGGAACCUCACAGAAAUAGGGGGGGACUCAAACGAGCCGGGAGAAGAAUAUGAGGCGACAGACGACGAUACCAAAGAGGCACUGUGGUCCCUGCAAAACAUGCUCUUAAAUGAACCGUACACGUCGUUUGCGCGUGGAAAUCCUGAUAUCUGGACUGCCCUGGCAAACUCAUUUCCGGCAGCGGGCAGUGGAUAUGAUUAUAAGGAGGGCCUUUCGGUCUCACCGUUCCAUACUGACCCAGUCGACACAGACGACUAUGCCACAGUUGCGCGGCUAUCACCAGCGCCUCAAGGGGAGGAUGCCAUUCCCCAGAUUACCAAAGUCAACCCCGAAAUCCCUGCACCAUGGUCAUCGAUCCCAGUAAGCGAGCGCGGCGCGGUGCUGGGUGCUCUCCAGGCGCAAUCUCAUUCAAUCGACUGCCUGGCGACAGAGCACUAUUGGACAGAGAGGCCAUCGGCCACAGAUAUCGACAUGACGAGCAAGUGUAAUAACUGUGGAGCCGCAAAGCGCAGCAGUGACGCAACGGAGUCGGUAUGCUGCUUCCACCCGGCAAAAAAACCGUUCGAGCGAGGAAUCAUACGCGGCCGAGGCACCAGAAUCCCCAGGACAGCGCGGUGCGUCAAUUGCUUGAAGCUCGGGCCAUCGGGUGGGUGUAUCGUUCUCCCCACGCACGACUUUGCCGCUCCGGAUGCGAAAUUAAGCGAGAUGGCACCGGCCCCGGGAUACAACCCCAAUGCUCGCCAGGCCGUCGUGCUAGACUGCGAGAUGGUCGGUGUUCUCGGGGCGAAUCACCGUGAGAGCAGCGAGGUCGUUCGCGUGAGCGCGGUCGACUUCCUCAGUGGGGAGGUGCUACUCGACACUUACGUGUCACCGCAGGGCCAGGUCAUAUCGUGGCGGACGAAAUUCAGUGGCGUCAAUGCGUCCAUCCUCAGGGCGAAGAAGCGGGAGGGCAAGGUGGUAGACGGGUGGCGGGCUGCGCGAGACCUUCUAUGGCGAGUUAUUGAUACGCGAACUGUCCUCAUCGGGCACAGUCUCAACAACGACCUUGGUGUUCUCGGCAUGGUGCAUACACGCAUCGUUGACUCGGCUAUCAUGACGCGGCUUGCCGUGGGCGAGGACUGCCAGAGGCAUUGGGCGCUCAAGAUACUUGUCAAGCAGUUUCUCGAUCGGGAUAUCCAAACUGGAAACCAUGGGCAUGAUUGUCUGGAGGAUACCUUUGCGGCGCGGGAGGUUGUGCUGUGGUGUCUGAGAAGUCCAUCCGAGCUACAGGCUUGGGCGGCUGAGGAACGAAAGAUCAUGGCUGAGAAGAAGAGAGCGAAGAAGGCUUGUGCCGCGGAGGAUAUGGCGGCGAAACCACCAGGGAUUUGAUAUCGGCAUGAUGUACAGUAUGUUGUUAAUCUCUUAGCCCUGUGUUCAGUCAACUCACCAUGGGAGUCCCAGGGCGUUGGGAUGCGGUGUAUAUAUAUUUGGUCUAGCACUAAGGAUAGUUUGUACAAUGUCUUGAUCAAC